AGGCCCUGGGACUCCUCCUUAUGGGUCACUUCUGAUGAUCGAGUUCGUGGAGGCGCCAGUCAGUCCCACCUGUUCGUGAUAAAUCCGGAAAAGGCCCGCUUCUAUGGCCACCUUGAUACCACGACGCUGGGCGGCGCCGGCUUUGCAUCGCAGCAUAGCUUGGGGGUCCUGGACUGGGACCUGUCCGACUACGAGGGGGGCAUAGUCGUUGCGGUGGCCAAGGCGGAUGGAAAACGCUACGCCCUGACGCUCAAGGACGAGAUACCUCCGCGGAGAGGUGAUGGACGCGCAGAAGCUGGAAUUAGCUGGGAGGCCGAGUUCGAGGUCGUCCAAGACGGAUCGAGCUUUGAUUUCAAGAAUGUCUAUCUGCCGUGGAGUGCGUUUAAGCCAACGUAUCGGGGGAGGCCGAAGCCGGAUGCAGCACCGUUGGACUUGGCUCAUGUGAAACGAGUCGGGCUGAUGAUGCGAAGCUUCUUUGGAACGCAAGAGGGGGAUUUCUCCAUCGAUAUUCAUGCUAUUGCAGCCGUGAGCGAGGCGCCGGAUGGUGGAGACGAUGAU